GAGUGGACGUGGGAAUUGAGGGAGGGAGGAGAAGAGCACUUUACCGGGUCCAAUGACUCCACUCGACGAGACCCACUUACGAGCGAAGACCAUCUCGGUCAUCAUUCCUUGCGUCGGUCGUUCCGUGACGACCCGACUCGUUUCCCUUUAUCUCAUGGUGUGCGUGUUCGUAUUUUGAAUGUACGUGGGAAGGGACGUAGACGCUGCGUGGACUGGAGUAGACAAUUCCGGAAAUAACAUGCGUACACGCAGCCCGUCACGUACGCUCAGGAAUGGAUUUGCAUGGGCUGAAACACUCAAGACUGCCUCAAAAUGUUUCUGCGAAUAAUGGAAAAAGCAGCUCACUUCCGUUCAGGGUGACAGAUGAUGGUGGUUGCAGCAAAAGCUGGAAAAACAAAAAUCGGACAUGAAGUGGACACAUCAGCUUCUAUCCGUCUUAGAAACCAGCGGCUCAGCUAAAAGAUGAAGGGUGGACGUGGGCUACGUGCACAUCCAGCGCAUGAAGAGGUGAAAUGGAGACAUUGGGAGACCUUUUGCAGCCAAGCUCUGCUUCCUGCAUAUCGCUAGCUGUUUCAGCAUCUCAGGAAAGGAGGAUCAGCAGCCAGCAGAUUGCAUGUACGGCAGAUGAGGUUGUAUGCACACCGCAGGUAGACAUGGGAAUCAAUGGCUUGUGCAGGGUGCCAGUAGGGGGUCCAACCGCCGCUGAGUUCCUGACCAGUCUCGCCUCUCAAAGCGACCCCCGUGGACAUCCAACCCCGAUCAAACAAUGCAGAACUGGUUUGCCGCUUUAUAACGGUAGUUUGGCCUCUUUGUCAAUGGAAGGAACCCCCGCGAGCGUUUUGGCCCACACACCAAACCCGGAACCAAUGAAGGGGAAUGCUGGGCCCCCUGUGUGCCCCCUCACCAGCAGGGCCCGGCUGUUAGAGAAUUCGGACCCUACUAUAUCAAGGAGAAUCAGUAAUGACUCAAGAGCUAAACGGCAACAACAAAACAGAGAUGGGGAGAAUCAGGACUUUGGUUCAGAGACUUAUAUUAGUUCAGCAUGGUCGGGGGAUUCUGUGGACACAGUUUUUAACUCAGGGGAGUCUGACUUGAAGCGAAGGAGAUUGGCUGAUGGAAGUAUUACUCAUCAUUUUUCAGGUGCCACACUGAAUGCCGAUUGCAGUAGGAGUUGCAAUGGUGACGAGGUAGUUAACAGUCACUCUUUCACUUCCCAAACAAUGUUGAGCCCUAUGAUCCUCCCACCCCAAAUUAUUCAGCACAACAUAUAUCAGCCAGUUACCACUGGCAUGCCCUAUGAUAACAGUCAGACCUCCUCACUGGAGACUAACGCAAUUCCAACACCUCCACCAUCAGAAGUGUCUGUCUGGUCAGCAGAGCGUGUCGCUAUUCAGUACAUCAUUCCCUGCAUGAAGUACUAUGGCAUAUGCGUUAAGGACAAUUUUCUUGGUCCUUUAUUGGGUGAAAGUGUCUUGAAAGAGGUCGAAGUCUUAAACCAGAGUGGAAAAUUCCAGGGUGGGCAGCUGGUAAGCCAAAGGGGCAUUCCGUCUCGGCGCAUCCGGGGUGACCAGAUUGCCUGGGUGGAAGGACACGAGCAAGGGUGUGAAAACAUCGGGACUCUGAUGUCGUACAUCGACGAGGCCAUUAUGCACAGCGCGGCCAAUGGACAGCUGGGGGACUGUGUCAUCAAUGGACGGACUAAGGCCAUGGUUGCCUGUUACCCCGGUAAAGGUGCAGGAUAUGUCCGCCAUGUGGAUAACCCUAACGGCGAUGGACGCUGCAUCACAUGCAUCUACUAUCUUAACAAGGGAUGGAAUGUUCAGACACAAGGAGGGGUGCUGCAGAUCUUCCCCGAGGGCAAAAAUGUGGUGGCAAACAUUGAACCCUUGUUUGACCGACUGCUCAUCUUCUGGUCAGACCGCCGCAACCCACAUGAAGUCAAGCCGGCCUACACCACUCGCUAUGCUAUCACAGUAUGGUACUUUGAUGCCAAAGAAAGGGCAGAAGCAAAAGAGAAAUACAGGCUAGCAACAGGACAGAAAGGUGUUCAAGUGCCUGUCAGUCAGAACAGCAGGACAUGAAUCCUGCUAAUCACCGGCGAGCCAGCAUAAAAGCACCGUGUGCCUUUCUGAGCUCUUAAUGGAUGCCAUAAAAGGAGUUAAACUGUCAUUCACUUGUGCUGCUCUGGUAAAGGUCAGCCUGAGGUCCAACGCCGUGAAAAAUGGCACUUCCCUUUUAAACAUCUCACUGAAUCCUCACUGAUUGGGACAACCAACUGGAAAAAGACGACUCACAUUUGUGUGACGUGACAAAUCCCUUGUUCCUUUCCAAACGAGAAGAACAUAAAUCCAAUCGGAAACACAAGGAGCGUAGAUAAUCAACAUGACAUUUUCUCCCUCCAAUGACUUACUGUACAGAUGUGAAAUGGCCUUAAUGGAGAACUACUGACUACUUGACAAUGAGGAUAAGAUGGUACUUGUUUUUUCAGUACUCACCAUCCAUGCUAAACUGAACUAUCCACUGAAGAUAGUAGAAUAGGAAGAUGCAUGAGCGUUUCAUUUUCUCUCUAUUCAAUGUGUUGACUGACAGAAUUACAACAUGAGUGAAGACUUUUGACUCAAACAUGGCUUCAUUGUGUCAAACAGGGUCUCAUGGAAGAAUGUUGUGUGCAUGUGUAUGCGUGUCCACUUGAACAAGUACGAAAUUUAGAUGCUGACCAUAUGCUGAUGAAUAAUACAAAGAGAACUCUAGUUGAAAUUAUAAACCAAAAACAGAAUUUACACUUACUGGCCAAACCUGAGCAUAGAUGAGCUGUAUUUACACUGCACAGGUAAAAGAGGGAUAUCUAAGCCCAGAAUUCUUCAUACCCUGUAAGCCAAGCGCAAGAGAUUGUUUGUUUGUCCAGGGUAAAACGUCAGCCUCAAGUCUUGUCCAGCACAUUAAAAAACAAAAAAAUCAAGAUGGGGCUCAAUCAUAGUCAUUUACCAAUAUCAUAACUGUUUGUAGUACGCAGUGGCGCAGAACUGCAUUAUUGGUUAAAUGCAUAUGACUUGAAUACAUGUACUGCACAGUAAAAUCUUUUCACGACCAAAUUACCAAAUGAACAACAGUCAAAACCGACCUUGCUUUAUUGUUUAAAUACAAACCUUGUAUUAGAAUCUGCAGGAGCUCGUGAGUUGAUCUGCUAAUUAUUACUAACAUAGGUUGUUAUCAGGAUGUACAUUUUAUGUAGAAAUAAUAAAAUACCAAGCACAAUGUUGAGCCCCACACAUACAUAAACAGUAUGUGAAGUGCAGCAUCUACAGUGGGGCAAAUAAGUAUUUAGUCAACCACCAAUUACGCAAGUCCUCCCACUUGAAAAUAUUAGAGA